GUUUCCAGAUGACGGGGCCCUGCACUGUGAACGUAUAACAUCUGCUCUACACGGAGGAGACCAAGGAUGCGCGUCCUCGCUCUUCUGUGGACCAUCGGGCUUCUGUUGAAAGAGACGCGAGCCUGGGGAUACAAGAACGGCAUAUUUCACAACUCGAUAUGGCUGGAGCAAGCAGCUGGAGUGUACCACAGGGAAUCACGCAAAGGGAGAUACCAGCUGACUUAUAAAGAGGCCAAGGCUGUCUGCAAGUUUGAAGGAGGAAAGUUGGCCACCUACAAACAACUGGAGGCUGCACGUCAAAUAGGUUUUCACGUGUGCGCGGCUGGCUGGUUUGACAAAGGGCGUGUCGGCUACCCCAUUGUAAAAGCUGGUGCCAACUGCGGCUUUGGUAAAGUCGGCAUCGUCGACUAUGGGUACAGGCUAAACAAAAGCGAGAGAUGGGACGUGUACUGCUACAACCCAGACUCCAAGGAGUGUGGCGGGGUGCUGACAGACCAGCAAAGGACCAUUCAGUCCCCUGGGUUUCCAGAGGAGUACCAGGAUGAGCAAAUCUGCUACUGGCACAUCCGUGUACGCUACGGCCAGAGGCUGCGCCUGCAUUUCCUGGAGUUUGAUGUGGAGGACGACACAGCAUGUUUGUCUGACUACCUGGAGGUCUACGACAGCUACGAUGACAUCUCGGGCUUUGUUGGGAGGUUCUGUGGCGAUUAUUUACCAGAUGACAUUACUAGCACAGGAAAUGUGAUGACGUUAAAGUUUCUCUCUGAUGCCUCUGUGACGGCCGGGGGAUUCCAGCUACAAUACAUCGCCUUUAAUGCCUCUCUCUUCUCACAGAACGACACCAACUGUUGCACUUAACCAAUGGUUUGACUCUAUUUCACUCAUUUUACUGUCUAUAAAGUUCUUCUCUCACUUUUAUCGUUGAUGCUGCUUCAUAGUUGAUAGAAUGGAUAAUAUUACAAUUAAUAAAGGUUACACCAUUGUGUUCAAAUUCAUGAAUCAUA